AUGGGUGCGUCAUCUAAAGCGGAUCGAUUGAAGGAAGUGAAAGUUAAGCCACCGGAUAAAAGUGCUGCUGUCCGGUACGUUAGGACUGAAGUGGAUGUGAAAGAUCUAGUUCCCCCUGGGGUCAUUGAUCAGUCCUCAGCUACGAUUUAUAAAGCUCGUCGUAAGCCAAGUGCUUCUGGAGCUGUUGCUUCGGGGAUUGGAAAAGCUGAAUGGAAAAUGGAGGGGAAAGCUUUCAGAGUGAAGAACAGAGCUCGGAAAAUUGUGGAUGGGAUAUCACCGAUGGAUGCAAAGAAAUACUACACUGAAGAAGCUAAUGAGGAGGAAACGGAAGAUGACUCGGAGUCUGUAUCGGCCUGGGAGUCGGAUUCUAAUAUUUCAAUUCCUGGAAAUGAUAGCAAUAUGAAGGGGUUGAAGGAUGGGGGUUCUGGUGAGCUGAAGACUAUUGGAGUUCAAGUUGUCUCUAUUCCUUCAGGUAAUACUGCUAAUUUGUUGAAAAAUUGGGAUGGUUCUAAGGUGAAUGAUGAAUUAUUGAGCCCUAGUUCGGAAUUGAAGAGUGUUACUAGUGAAAUGAUUAGGGUGAAUCCUAACAUUGCUGUGAUUGAUGUCAAUAAACCUGUAUGCCCUGAUUUGGUUGAUGAUGAAGUUGAGAAGUCUAGAUCUAAUGGUGAUAAGAAGGUUAUCAGUAAUGAAGAAUUUAUUCCGGGAGUUGGCUUUCAAUUUCUUAAUGAGUUGAAGGUGGAAACACCUAAGAGGAAGGAUUUAGAAGUAAGUUGA